CUCUUUCUUACUCUCCACCUACCUUUCCCCCUCUCUUCACUCCCUCCCAAUCUCUAUGUACAUAUAACCUGCCUCCCAUCGGGUAGAUAAACAGCAUCUCUCCUUUCUCGUGGCCUGAUUUUUGAUUACUUGUAAUCCUUCUUGGUCUUGUGGGCAAUGAUCAUUCUUUUCAAGGCAUGCAAGGGUUCUCAUCUUCUUCAAAAUGCAGUAACACCCAUAGUUGCUCUCGUCUUCCCUCUUGCUCACUUACGCCACUUACUUAGAACAGCUAAUGCUCUGAUAUUGGCACACACACAUACACGCACACAUGACCAAAUCGACUAAUCAUCGUGGAUCUUCUCUCGGGGCUGAAGGUCACCAAUCGGGCGAAUCUGUCCAACAACGAACAGCCAAUAUUCCCCCUCGAGUUCCCACUGAAAUCGACCAUCGAAGUCGUUCCCCAGAAAUUCUAAGCUCAGCCUCUACAAUGACAACCUAUUUGUUUGUCGACGACCAACUAAGCCCUCGUGAGCGAAGGGCGCAUGUCAUGCGCGAGCAUAACCGGAAAAGAGGUCUACGGCGAACUAGUACUCAGUCUGGGGGUCAAAAUAACCCAACUAAUCCUCCUGCACCAACACCAACCUCACAUGGCGCCUUGAAUGUCUGGUAUCCCUCACCCGCAACGAGUCUCGAUUCGUUCAGAAAGGAUCCCUUCGACAGCUUGCCAGCUGUCAAUUCUCUGACCGACCAAGAGCUUGCCGAUGCAUGGGUGAGCAAGUUAAGCUACUGGUCAGGGCAGAACCACUAUAUUAAGUUUCAAAUCUAUAAAACGGCCAUCGCCCAUCCGGUGUGUUUUCAGGCGGUCAUUCUCGCUUAUUGCGCUCGCUGGAGAGCCCGGCUCUACCGUCAUCAAUCCAGCCCGGAAGUUGAGCAGCAUCUGCUUCGGGCUGCCACCAUGCUGGAACAAGCAAGUCAUCAGAAGAAGGAUAGUAAUCUCGCUAUGGCCUUUGCUGGAAUGUCUCUACAUGAGAAUCGAUUCGGUGAUAAUGAGUCCGCUGCUAUGAAUUACGAGGAUCAGGCUGUUGGAAUCCUGCGCAUGCGCGGUCGGCAGGACCCUAAGGGCGUCGAUGAGGUUUUCCUGCAUUACGUGCGUAUUCUGAAGAUGCCACGAGAGUUUGCACUGAGCCAUGAUGACCGAGUACACCUAGUUCAUCUUGUUCGAGGGGCCAAAGAAUUGAAGCGCAAACAUAACACAGCUGCAUACUUGAGCUCUGUUCCUCAGCGACGUACGGCUUUUCAGAUGGCUAGUCCACUCUUUUGUUCGCUUUGUCCUGGACCUUGGCCAACCUCAGUACCACAGGGCUUACAUAAAUACGUGAUCGAUCUCAACAUCUCCAGUCACGAGCUCAGCCGCACCGCCUGUUUGAUCUACAUCACAACUGCUCUAUGGGAGUUCCAGCACGAACCAGAUAAGACCAGUCGAUUCCUUGCGCAUCUCAAUGAGCUUGUCGCACAGUAUACACUCGACAGAAACCCCGCAUGUGAGACUUUCAUAUGGCUUCUGAUAGAGGAACGCUGUAGUCCGGACCUACGGGAGUCAGAACGAGCGUGGCGGACGGGAGAGCUUCUGAAAAGAAUCAAACAACUGCCACCCGUCUUACGAGGCGAUUUUAGCAAUAUUUUGUUCAGCUAUCUCAUGCUUGAAGAUCCUGCUGUAGAAGCUGGUGAGUUCGAAAGAGAGAUUUUUGCGCUUCGGAUUUGA